GAGGUUUCAGUCAGGAAGAACUCCUAAAAAUAUGGAAAGGACUCUUCUACUGCAUGUGGGUACAGGACGAGCCCCUGCUACAGGAAGAACUAGCGAACAUCAUUUCCCAACUCAUCCAUGUUGUUAACAGCUCAGAGGCUCAACACCUAUUCAUUCAGACCUUCUGGCAAACCAUGAAUCGAGAGUGGCAAGGGAUAGACAAGUUACGGCUGGACAAGUACUACAUGCUGAUCCGCCUGGUCCUGAGGCAGUCCUUUGAAGUUCUCAAGCGGAAUGCCUGGGAAGACAGCCAAGUCAAGCUUUUUCUGGACAUCCUGAUGAAGGAGAUCCUGAGUCCCGAGAGCCAGUCUCCCGAUGGAGUGAAGUCCCACUUGAUAGAUAUUUAUUUGGAUGAGCUUUCCGCUGUGGGAGGCAGGGAGCUCUUGGCGGAUCAGAACCUCAAGUUAAUUGAUCCAUUCUGCAGAAUUGCUGCCAAGACUAAGGACCACACACUGGUACAGACUAUAGCUAGGGGUGUUUUUGAAGUCAUUGUAGAUCAGUCUGCUUUUGUGCCUGAAGAGACUGUGGAAGAGCAGAAAACCAAAGUGGGUGAUGGUGGUCUCUCUGCCCCAGAGAUCUCUGCAAACAAGCUGGCCUGUAGAAAAGCAGUCGGUGAGAAGAAGCCUGGACUGGGGGAAUGCCUCAAAGAUGGAGUUGUUGGCGGCAGAGAAAGAGACGGCUGUGCAGCCUUCAAGGAUUCAGGGUCACCUCUCCAGUUCGACUAUAAGGCUGUUGCUGAUCGACUCUUGGAAAUAGCCAACUUGAAGAGCACCCCUCCCUUCAACCGGAAGCGGCUCUGCAGACUGAUCAGAAAAUUCCAGGACCUCUCUGAAGGCCAUAGUGCUCAACUCAGUUUUGGUGAGGACAUUACUGUUGAUGAAAAUGCUCAAGCCAUCGGUCAAAAAAGGCACAAGAAAAAAAGAAAGAAGCUUUUAGAAAGAGCUGCCUUGGACAGGGAGAAAGGAAACGCAGUCUCUAUUGAUGGUGAGGAGGACAGCGGGGGCAACGUUCACAAGAGAAAAAGGAGAAAGAAGAAGAGGAACCACUUCCAGGCUGAGACUCAGGACCCAGACGCUGUUACCAUGCCCCCAGCACAAGGUGCUGAUGGCAAGCCUGAAGCUGCCCAGAGGCAGACCCCACAGGCAUGUGUGACUGGGCCUGAAACAGAGGCUGUGUCUGGCAUCAGGGAAAAUAGCUCUGAGCCAGCACCCAUCACACCCACAUGCAAUAAAAGGAAACGGCUGAGAAAGAAGAACCUAAAGGUCCACAGAGAGAUCUGGAAAUCUACCCCUUUACCUCAGGAGGAUAUGUCAGAGAAUGACCCUACCCAUGGGCAUCCUCAGAGCGCUGAUGCCCAAGUGUCUUCCUCAGAAGGUGUCCGAGCCCAGAAAAGGAAACGGAAACUCGGGGCUCUGCCUGUCAACAGUGGUGGCUUGACUGUGCAAAAGGCAGGCACCUCAACCAGCCCAGAGGAAGAGAAAGAUGACCAGACCACCCUGCCCCAGUGCAAGAGGCCACAAAAGAAGACAGCGUCCAGCAGUCUUGGCCUCUAUGAUCUGUCUAGUCAAAAAACAGCAAUCUUAAAAAAGAGGAAAAAAAUGAAGCAGAUGUCAGACUUAGUAGAACACAACGGAGUUUUGGAGUCCAGCACCAGGCAGAUCCAAGCUCUGGGAAGCAACAGGACUUUGAAAAAACCACUGACAACAGAGGAUGACUUUGUGAAGUUUGACACCCACUUCUUACCAAAGCCCCUGUUCUUCAGAAAAGCAAAGAGCAGCUCUGCCAUCAGUCCCCAAGGUUCUGCUGUCCAGAUGAAUAUAACACCCUCCAGCUCCAAGAAAGUCACCUUUGGAUUAAACAAAAACAUGACUGCAGAAUUUAGGAAGACAGACAAGAGUAUCCUGGUCAGCCCCACAGGCCUCUCCAGAGUGGCCUUUAACCCUGAGCAGAGGCCACUCCACGGCGUGCUGAAGACCCCAACCAGCUCCCCCGCCAGCACUCCUGUAUCAGCUAUGAAGCUACCAGCCACCACGCCAAAGAGAAGGCCAAGGGCUGCAGACUUCUUCUGAGAGCCAGAGUCCCUUUUUAAAGACUGCUUUUAUACUGGAUAUUCUAUAAAUUAUAACUUUUGAAUGUGGGCUUUUUAAUUAUUUUAUAAAUCCCCAUAGGCGGGGCAAAUGUCCUGAACCUGAGCUGCUGCCCGCACCCCUCCUUGCUGGGGGUGCAGGCCAUGGUUCCUGUCUGAGUCCAUGCACACGCUCACCGUAAGUACUGGGUGCUGUUGGUGUGUGGAGCGCCUCUCCUUGGUGCCUGUUGCUGCCCCUGCCACAGUCGGUUGCCUUUCUUGGCUAUUUGUGGUCUCAGUCUGCUCCGUGUGAAAGCAUGUCAGCUCAGGCCCAUUCUGUGGGCACGUGGCUGUUUCUCCUAGCGAUGACUCUUGAAACCGAAUGAGCAAUAGUGUAGCUUUUCUACGUGUGACCAGCAGGGGGGUGGACAGGUGAGGGGUGGAGAAAAGCCACUCUGUCCUUGAGGCUUUCUCUCCUCUGCCUGGCCUGUUCCUGUCCCUGUCUUUCUACCUCUAUAGCAAGCCCAAAGUGUCUUUUCAGGAGGGCCAGUGCCCCCCGGCUGCUGCCCACAUUAGCACAGUUUCCCAGGCCUCUGGGAUAGAUCUUAAGCUCAGUGAGUGAGCCCAGGGCCUCUCUUGACUGCACCUGCUUUUUCCCAUCAGGGCUUGCACCAGCAUUACCUGGACUCCAGGCUCUUGGCAGAACAGGGAGUUGGCCUCCCAAGAGUGCGUGCACUGACAGCCAUUGUCACCUAGAACACGAGCGUCCACACAGGUUUUCUACAGCUGUCCAAGCUGGCUGUAGUGCAAAACCCAGGGAGACACUCAGACUUCAGUGAAACAAAUCUGACUUCUUUUUCAGAGCAAAGCCUGCUCGGCAACUGGCCUUAUUUAAGGAAACUGCCUUGGGUCUGAGGGGUGGAGUGACCUCAGGAAGGAGCACAACAGGAGGCCCAGAUCCUCCUGGUUUUGCAGGCUUGACUGGCUGGGCUUAGGCCUUGGCUCUCAGGCACUCAAAGCCAUGUCAGUUUGCCUCCUGUGCUCAGGGUAUCCCCAGGGACCUCCUCCUCCAUGCACCCUGGUGCAGAAACCCCAGUUUUCGCACUGCUGCUUCCCAGUAGAGGACUGCAGGGCACUAGCUACCAUGGGGACUGUAGAGUUGGUACAUCUGCCUCCAUCUUCACAGCCAAGAGGUCCACUUCCUACCAUUUGACCAACUGACUCAUGGAUGACAUUCCUGAUAGGAAUGGAGUGACUUUGUCUUUUGCCUGCUCAAUGAUAAAGUGGGAGAUAUUUUGCUAUUUUCACAAUAGGUCAUGUGCAGUGUAACUUGUGGUUGCAUGGUUACAGUGUGCUGGGUUUGACAGUCAUAUUCAAAACUGAAACCUUUGCAGAAAAGGUUAAGGCAGCAAAUGCUGUUAGCUUUCCAUUUAAGAAUUCCAACAUGUCCAACAGUUUUCUUUUCUGUUUUAAAGAUAGGUUAUACGGCCAAGUGGGUCAUAUGGUGCAGUGGUGUGGGACAAGACCCCAGGUAGCAGCGGUAGAAACUCCCUCACGGUGUUUUCAUGCCAGCUUACCCAUCCUCAGAGACCAGUGAGUAUCCUGGAAGCACACUUCACAGGGCGGAGGGCAACUUCUGAGUGCUGGGUUUACCAGCGAGCACUGCCAUGCUAGGCCAAGAUGUUUGGCUUUAUGUACACAGCAUAGGAAGGCUCUACCAUGUGGAGGAAUACAUACAGAAAGCAUCUCUGUCCUUGAUGCAUGUUGUUUUCUCAAGAGAAAUUGCUGGUAGACUUGGAAGUCCAGAGAAGCCAAUCUUAGAGCUGCGAGCCUAAGUGGCACUUGCAAAGAUGCUAGUCUUAGUAACGUGGAUGUGCUCAUUCUUGCAGGUUAGUUUCAAACUUAACUUUUCUCUCUCCCCCGCCCCCCAAGGUCUCAUUACGUAUCCAAUAAGGCCCCACACUGGUGGUCAUCCUCAGCCUCCCUAAGUGCUGGGACACAAUCUCCUUUCUAAACUGAAGCACAAGAAGGAGCAUGAGCGGGUUGGGGAGCAGUUGCCUCCCUGAGAAGUGGGUCUAUGUUUUCUCUGGAUUUCGCAACUGCCCAAAGUGUUGUUUGUUUAUAAUCAAAUUGUAUUAUUGGUGUCCCUGGGGCUUGUUGGUACAAAAAAUCAAAGCCAAGACCAAUUAAAAGAAAUAUGUUUUUAUCCUCA